GAUUUGGCAUUGCGAGUGAAACGUCGUUCAGAAGUGCGCGGACAAAGACAGUAAAAACAACAACAACAAAAGAUGUGAGAGUAAAAUACAAAGUGAAAAAGAGAACAACGCGACAGUGUUAAUAAAUACCCCAAUCUCUCCAAUACAAUAUAAGAAAUAAAUGAAAAAUCCAUAUUUUGUGCUUUUUUAUGAGAAAAAAAAAUCAAUAAAAAAAAUUAUCAAAUUAAUAAACUAAAAAUUCAACAGAGUGCAUAGUCGAGUCUGCCGUUGAGAAAACUUCAGGAUGAUUGUGUAAUAUAAAAAACUUCAAGUACUACGAGGGUUGGUAUGAACGAUGGAAUUAACCGGGGAAAAUAUAAAUUCGAUGAUAUUUUACAAAUUUCGGUGGUGAUUAUCGGGUUAAAAGUGUUAAAACUGAGUUUUUUCCAAAACGUCGUUCGCUGUGCUAAAAAACAAUCAUAAAUAGGCAUUUUUUUAAAAAAUUUCCAGAAAAUCGAUUUUAAACAAGAAUUGGAAGAAAAAAAAUGUAGUUGCAUCUACUUGUAUAUAUGAUAGUAUUUAAGAAGUGAACGCUAUUGCCUAUCGUAAAUGCGUAAUAAUUGUGUGUGGUGUUUGGUUUUUUCUAGGAUACAAAAACAAGUACCGUCAAUCGAAAAACUUAAAGAGAAAAGAGGACAUUAAAACAUAAAACUAUAAUUAUAUUUUUUAUUUAAAAUUUCGCAUAUUCUAAAAUUUGGCAAACCCUUUAAAAGAGCUGCGUCGAGGGCAUGUUUAGUGGGAUUGAUUGUGCGGUUAAGUGUCGUCUAUGGCCGAGUCCGUUAGUACUCACUCGCUCUCUGCAGUGACGGAGGGGCACGACGGCAGCAUAGCACUUGCAUCGACAAAAACUAGAACAACAACAACAGCAAUAGCAAUCACCGACACACCAACGACCACCCCCAUCAAUAAGGCCAAAUCAAAACGUGGAAGUCGCCAACAAGAAAAGAAAUCGCAACAGAAAACCCCACAAUUGCAACAAAGAGAAUCCUUUAGCAACCCUAAAAGUUCAAACGUUGCAUCGUUGCAAUCUUCUUCUUGCCACUCCUCCAACAGUCAACACAACAAUUUAGUUGUCGUCGAUAAACGUUCGCACAGCAAGUCACGCUCCUCCACCCAUCAAGACUCUCAAAACCUUAGCACCCACAACAGUCGCAGUGUCAAACAAGACGACGAUCAAUCACCAUCGCUGUUGCUCAACAAAAACAAUAGCAGCCAUUGUAGUAAACGUAAAGCCAACAAACGUGCCUCAUCACGUAACUCUACAUUUAACGCAUCGACAUCUUCUGCAGCAGCGUAUUCACCGGCUUCACCUAUAACACCGCCACCUACAAAUCGCGUUGAACAUAAACGACAUUACGGCGAAAAACCCACUUCCUCUGCAUCAUCUGAGCAUCCCACGGAUUUAUCGUCACCCCUAAAGAAACGUCGCUAUAAUAAUCAUAACAGCAACAAUAGCAGUUUACAGGACAUUGCAUCGACUCCACUUUCAACGACCAGCGGCAAUAGCAGUGCCACCAGCAGAUAUUCUACGCCAAGGGAGCAACGUGGUGGCGAUUGUGUAGCACAAAGAACUCGUUCGAAAACUGUCUCUCCCGAAGAGCCAUCGACAAGCAGCAGUGGUGGUGGAAUCAGUAUAAACCACAGUCAUUAUCGCGGACGCUCUUCGUCAUACACAAAGGCAAAAGCGUCAAUCCAACAGUCGUCGUGUGUAGAUACAAACAAAACAACACCACAGCGUAGCCGCUGUAGUAGUAUAACAGCAACAAAUACAGCAUCAAAAACAAAAUCAAAUACCAAUAACUGUAGUAGUAGCAGCAGCAAUAACAACACCAACACCAGCACCAGCAGUAAGAGCAAUUUAUUGAAUUAUUAUCGUAAAACUCGCAAAGUCAGUCAUAGUCGUUUGACGACAACAACAACCAAGAAGAGAGCUCCACAAACUGCAGCGACUUCUUACACAAACGAGGGAGAGAGUCAAGCCUCAUUGGGCGCAACAGCUACUGGCCACUUAAAUACCUUUGCAUUUGCUGACGUGAGUUCAGACAACAAUAGCGACAGUAGUGAGAGAACAGUCCAAAAACAAGAGCAACAACAAUCAGCUGUAGUAGCUUCGCAGCAAGAACCGAGCGAGCAAACAAAAACAAACGCCAACGCUGCUGCUGCUGCAGCCGCCACUAGCUUUGGUGGGUCUGGUGAAAAAUACAAAUUCAAGUCGUCCAUUGGAUCGUCAAGACACAAACGGCGGAAUUAUCGGAAUCGCAAUAAUAAGAGUUCUUCUAUAAACACAACAGCAACAACAACAUCGUCGUCAUUCUCGACGCGUAAUAAUUCAAAACAUUUAACUGAAUGUGGCAGCAGUGGUGAUAAGAAACAAAAACAGCAACAGCAAAACAACAACAAAAACGUCUUAUCAAUUGUGGGAAACAAAGCUAAAUUAAAUUUAAAAGCUACUCCAUCAUCGACAAGAGCAGGUUCAUUACCACCACAGCAACAACUACCAGCACCACCAUCCUCAUCAUCGUCCACAACAUUAGCAAGAGGAGGUGCAGCAGCAAACGCCACAGAAGGUAUUGCCGCAACAACAAAUUCGUCUACAGCCUCGGAGCAACAGCAACAAGUAACAUCGCCCACCUCACUUCACCUCGAUAAAAUAUCGAAAUAUCGUAAAAAUUUAAGAAAAUAUCAGACAUUCUUAAACAACCUCACCAACGAAUUAAAUAACUCGCAGGAUAAUAUCACCGAAUCGUCGGCUGUAGGUGACAGUUUACAACAGGAAUCUACGACUAGCAAUAACGCAAGCAACGCCACAAACUCAACCUCUUCAGUAUAUAUUGAUAAGGCUCUACUCCUUUUAACUGAUAUCGAAUCGGCCGGGGACGACACCGAAGAAGUUAUCGAAGGGGAAGGCGACGACGAGGAGGAGGCCGAGGCCGAAGAGAGGCUUGAAGACGAUUACAAUAACGUUGUUGCGGGAGACGAAGACGACGUUAUUGAGGAAGAAGAAGAAGUCGACGACGAAGAAAUUGAACUUUUCGACGACGACGACGACGAGGAGGAAGACGAGGACGACGACGAAGACAUCGAAGACGAGGAGGAUAUCGACGACGAAGAAAUCGAAGAAGAGGAAGAAGAUAUUGCCGACGAAAUAGAAGAUUCUGUUGCCGCUUUUGGAGGUAAACGGCCACAACAUCAACGUAGCCAACAAUCAAUUCAGUAUCAACAACAACAGUCACAGUCACUGUCACAGGCCAGACCAAGGCGUAAACGUCUGUUCAAACGACGACGGCGUCAUACGUUAAAACACUCGAAUCAGGAAAAUCUUAAGCAACUGCAACAGCAGCAGCGUCGAAGGCAGAUACAUCGUUUUAAGGGCAGUGGGAAACGCAUCGCUAACAAAUACUUCACAACAGCAAGUAAUACCACCACCACUAGUCAAGUGGUAGUAGGAGUAGAUACCCGCGAAGAAAUUAAUACAUCUGCGUCGUUACAACAAACAGCUACAACGACGGGCUACAAUAGAGCCCCGAAUCUGGGGGCACGACAAACACGCAGCAGUGGUGGCAGUGGAAGCACUAAUACCAACACAGCUAGCAAUAAUACAGAUUACAAUAUUGGUGUACACACAGGUGGAGGAGGUGGAGGCGGUUCAGCGGGCUACGCAGCAGCAGCGGCCGGCACAAGUUCAUCGGGAACAGCAGGAGCUGCUCCUCUUAUAGGCGGCGGAGGCGGUGGCGGAGGAUUUACCAAUCACAAUCUAUUGAAUCGUGGUGGAGGUGUUGUCAUUGGACCCCCCUCACUCCUGUCUUCAAGUGGUGUACAUUCCAACAACAUUCAAGGUCAGCAACAGCUACAUCCCACUCUAAUAGCCACAUCAACACAUUUUCCGCAGCAGCAACAGCACCAUACAGCUCAUUUGCUACAGCCUCAUCAAGCACAAGGAUCUCAGGCUCCCCCACCGCAUUUCUUAGGCCAACAAGCGGCGUCCGGACCCACGUUUUAUUCUACUCAUCAUCAGGCUACAGCGGCUGGAGGACCCCAUUUGCAGGCACCGGCACAAAAUCAAACCCAACAAGUCCACUUUUUCCAAACUUAUCAAGCGACAGCAACCGGCUCCUCAUCGGCAGCUAUAUUGAAUUUAAAUUUAAACUCAUAUCAGGCAGCAUCAGCGAAUAAUUCCAAUCCUGCUAUUGUAACUGGUGCCCCAUUAAUAUAUCAAGUGCAACCACCGGGAGCGACACAACUUCCGGGUGGUCCUUUAUUGGGACAAUCGCAAGCGACUUCAACUCCACGCUAUCAUCACCAGGUUCACAACACGCCACAUCAUCCGAUACACCAGGCGCAAGGAGGACAUUUGCAGCAUCCUCAUCCAGCUGCCGCCAUAGAAUUGACAUUGGGCGGUACAAUACCGGUUGGGGCCGGCGGAUCUCACGAUACAACUAGCUCUAAUAUUGUCUAUCACGCCACUAACUAUAGUGCAAACAAUAGUAGCAACCAUCAUCAUAGCCACCCUCUUCCGCACCAUCACCAUCAGCAGCAGCAGCAACAACAAAAUUCACACACAUUGAGACGUAGUUCACGAAGCAAAACGGGUUCUUGUGUCAGUUCGGUACAGGGCCAGCAACAUCACGGCAGCACGAGCAGCAGUUGUAUCAGUGGCGGCAACAGCAGUGGUGGAGGUAUUGCAAACCGCACUGCUGCCACAAAUAACGCAGCCAGCUUACCCGUAGUUGUAGGCCAUCAAUUGUUGACCACACAAUCGCAACAGGCAGCAGCGGCGAAUCAUUUAGCCGGAAAUCCCGCUAACGCCGUUGCCGUCAAUAAUCACCAUACUCACCCACACCCGCCACAUCCGCAUCUGCAUCCACAACAAAUACCACCACCCCACCUCACCACUGGCGGUGCCGUUGUCGUUGCCAUAGCACAACAACAGCAACAACCGCAAACUCAUCUAUUGCAUUCUGCUGCUGCCGCCGCCGUUGCUACACACCAGCACGUUGUUUUGCCACCUCAGAGAACCACCGUUGUUCAGCCAGGCUUUUUGUAUAGCUAUCGUGCCACCGCCGUGGGUGCCAACAAUAGUGUGUCCAGUAGUGGUUUGGGUACAACGGCAUCGACUUCGACGUCCAGUGCUGCCACCAACACCAGCAACAACGUUGUCGUGCCCCCGGCAACAAUUCCCCCCAAUACCUACCCGGCCACCACACAUCAAAAUUCCCAUAAAAUAAAUACUGCAUCGUUAAACGUAAGCAACGCCUUGGGCGGCACAACGUCUUCAGCUACCAACAACUCCGCUACUGCAACCGCUGCCAACGCCGCUAACACCAACGCAACGGCAACGGCCAAUAGCGGAGGUGGUGUGAACAAUACAACAACCACAACGUCAUCCUCCAAUAAUGCCAAUAGCAAUUCGCAUGGCGAUUCCGAGAGCGAUGACAGUGAGGUGGGACGCCUGCAGGCUCUGCUGGAGGCCAGAGGACUGCCACCACACCUGUUUGGAGCAUUGGGACCACGCAUGACACACAUUCUGCAUAGGACUAUUGGCAACAGCAGCACAUCCAAGGCCCAACAAUUGCUGCAGGGUCUGCAAUCGCACGAUGAGAGUCAACAAUUGCAGGCGGCUAUCGAAAUGUGUCAAAUGUUGGUCAUGGGCAAUGAGGAUACCCUGGCCGGUUUCCCCAUAAAGCAGGUUGUGCCCGCCCUGAUCACUCUGCUACGUAUGGAGCACAACUUCGAUAUCAUGAAUAACGCUUGUCGAGCCUUAGCCUAUAUGCUGGAGGCAUUACCACGCUCCUCGGGCACCGUGGUUGAUGCUGUGCCUGUGUUUUUGGAAAAACUUCAGGUCAUACAGUGCAUGGAUGUGGCGGAGCAAAGCUUGACAGCCUUGGAGAUAUUGUCCAGGCGCCACAACAAAGCCAUUCUGCAAGCCAAUGGAGUCUCGGCCUGUCUAACAUACUUGGACUUCUUUUCAAUAAACGCCCAGAGAGCUGCCUUAGCCAUAACAGCCAAUUGUUGUUUGAACUUGCACAACGAAGAGUUCCAUUUUGUUUCCGAGAGUUUGCCGCUAUUGGCUCGCCUACUCGCGCAACAGGACAAGAAAUGUGUGGAGAGUGUAUGCUCUGCCUUCUGCCGCUUGGUGGAGAGCUUUCAACAUGAUCCCAAACGACUGCAGGAGAUUGCGAGCAAAGAACUGCUCAAAAAUUGCCAACAAUUAUUGGUGGUUACUCCAGCGUUGCUAAAUUCUGGUACGUUCACAGCAGUGGUGCGAAUGUUGAGUCUGAUGUGUGGUAAUUGCCCUGAUUUGGCCAUUUCUUUGUUGAAAAGUGAUAUUGCCUCCACUCUGCUGUAUCUUCUGACUGGAAAUGCAGAUCCCUUGCCUAAAUCAGCCUCUACGCAUGUUGAUCUUAUCUCUCGUUCACCUUCAGAGUUGUAUGAAAUCACCUGCUUGAUCGGUGAGCUGAUGCCUCGCCUGCCUACAGAUGGUAUUUUUGUUGUAGACGCUCUGUUGGAUAGGCCAACCAUAAAUACCCAAGACCAAGUACAGUGGCAAUGGCGCGAUGAUCGUGGCACAUGGCACAACUAUUCUGCCAUUGAUUCUCGCAUGAUAGAGGCAGCCCAUUUGAAUUCUGAAGAUGAAUUUAGCUUGAGCACUUUGGGACGCACAUAUACUGUAGAUUUUCAUUCAAUGCAACAGAUAAACGAGGACACUGGCACCACCAGACCCGUUCAAAGAAAAAUCAAUCCCAACUAUAGACCACCACCAAAUAUUGCUACGACUUCGUCUGCGGGACAAGACCUUUCAGCAUCGGCCGUAGCUUCGGCUAUAUCUGCGCUAAGUACUACUGUCGCGGCCACAGCAACAGGUGGUUCCACCACCGUGGUGGCCUCAGCACCUCCUUCGUCCUCUCAAAAGAGGCGAGCUUCGGUCGACGCACGCAUAGCUUGUUUGAAGGAGGAACGUGGCCUGGCAGCAGAAUUCAUUAAGAAUUUGUUUAAUGUUUUAUAUGAAGUGUACAGUUCGUCAGCUGGUCCCAAUGUACGUUAUAAAUGCCUCAGGGCCCUGCUGCGAAUGGUUUACUAUGCCUCCUCGGAAUUGCUGAGCGAAGUUUUGAAAUAUCAAUUGGUUUCCAGUCACAUUGCUGGUAUGUUGGGAAGCAAUGACUUGCGUAUAGUUGUGGGUGCCCUGCAAAUGGCCGAGAUACUUAUGCAAAAGUUGCCGGAUAUAUUCGGUACUCACUUCCGAAGGGAAGGUGUUAUAUAUCAAAUUACACAACUGACCGAUCCUAAUCAUCCGAUUUGUUCGAAUCCGUCACCCAAACCGUUGGCCACCAAUAUGUCGGCCAGUGGAUCGCAAAGUGCACCAGCCUCCGCCUCCAGUUUACAGGUAAAUCCAUUUUUCAUGGACAACGUGGUGCCACUUCAAGGAAGUACUUCGGCUUCGGGCACUCCGAACACUUCGAAGCCCCAUCACCAACAUCCCUAUACAAUGAAAACGUUUUCACACGCUAUGAACGCACUAACGGCUGCAGCAGCACAACAAGGUACGCCAGCUGGUGGUGUGGGAUCUUCUUCUGGAUCUUCUCAGAAGUUACCAGGUUCGAUGGCUAUGAACAUUAAUACCAGUGGCGCCACAGCAGUUCAACACACACCGGGAGAGGUUCAGUACCACUAUAGCUCCUCGGCGCCUGCUCCCCAUACUCAUUUGGCAACUCAUCAGCAACAGCAGAGCUAUUUCGUCUAUACUACAGCUCAACAGCAAGCUCAACCACCUUUGCCACCGCCGGGAACUGAAUAUGUGGCCUACAAUCAAUUACCUCCACCACCACCACCUACGAUGCACUACACGCAGCCACCACCACCAGUAGCUGUUACGACACAGCAGCAGCAGUACCAGACAAUGGCCUCGUCCUCCACGGCAGGGCAUUCAGUUAAUCAAGUAGCAUCUUCGUCAACUCCGCCUUCAACGUCAUCUUCAUCUGCUCUACAGCAUAAAAUGAGUGAUAUGUUAAAACGAAAAGUCCCACCGAAAAGAAAAUCACAAUCGACAAGUAGGUCGAAAUCUCGUCAGGAAGAUCAAUCAUCAAAUACAGCCCAUGCGUCCAAUGCAGCUAGCACAUCAUCUGCUGUACACGAGCUACUAACGCGAGCGACUAGUUUGGGCGGCACAUCAGGUAGUUCAUCCAACGCUGGUCGCAAUACGCCCAGCACUUCAACCAAAGUCCGAUUCAGCGGCGGUCAUCAUGGCUCGUCAACGUCCGGUUCACAGUCGUCAUCGUCGAAGACAUCCUCCUUUUUGGCUUCGCUCAACCCAGCUCGUUGGGGACGUCAAGGAUCUCAUCAUAGCAGUUCAAGCGCUAACUCAGGUUUUACCAAAGAUUCAUCAGCCAGCAGCAGUAGUACAAGUUCUCAUCAUAGCCAUAGUAAUGCCGGUUCAAGUGCUGGCCACUCAAUGACCGGAUGCUCGUCAUCGUUGGCUGCCCAAAACAUAAGCAAGAGUAUAUCGCAGGCCAAUCUGAUCGCAGCUGGGAAUCGCGAAAAAGCCCGCCAAUGGAUACGUGAACAAGCCAUAUCGUUUAUCAAACGCUAUGCCUCGCAAGAAUCUAAAUCAAACUCGAGCGCCGAAGGGGGCUCAGCCUCUACGAAUGUCUUGCAACGUUUGUCGUCGGUUAUAUCGAAGCUUAGCGGAAGUUUUCCCGACAUAUUGGAAGCUUUGCUCGAGCUUAAGACUAUCCUGUUGGAAAGCGAUAUAUCACCCUUUGAGGUCAACCAUUCGGGUCUGAUAAAGGCAAUGUUGAAUUUCAUGACAUCCGAAGAAGGUCUGGUGGAUCGAGAUGCUAGACUCCGUGUGUUUAUGCACGUAUUUGCCGGUUUGCCUUUGGAGCCCAUGGUCAAGGUGGGUCUUCUGCCCCACAUUGACCCCUCAGCCUUCUCCGCCUUUGUGGCAAAGCUGAAUGCAUGUGUUACACAACUCGAACAAUUCCCCGUCAAAGUACAUGACUUCCCCGCUGGACCCGGAGGUGGUCGCUCCAAUACGAGCGCUUUGAAAUUCUUUAAUACACAUCAAUUGAAAUGUAACUUACAACGUCAUCCCGACUGCAACAAUCUACGGCAAUGGAAAGGAGGAACCGUGAAAAUUGAUCCUCUUGCUAUGGUCCAGGCAAUUGAACGUUAUCUGGUUGUACGAGGCUAUGGCGGUAUACGCGGGGAUUCCGAUGAAGAUUCCGAGGAGGAUAUGGACGAUAAUGUAGCUGCUGUGGUCAUGUCGCAGAGUAGUUUCAAACACAAAUUGCAAUUUUUGAUUGGAGAACAUCCGUUACCGUACAACAUGACCGUUUAUCAGGCGGUUAAACAAUUCUCGCCAUUGGUGAAUGAUCAAUCGGAAACGGAUACAGAUACGGAGACACCUUUAGGUAAUGCAAGCAUUUGGGUGCAACAACACACCAUCUACUAUCGACCUGUUGAAGAAGAACCCAUAGCGGGAUCAUCCAGCGUGAACAUAAACAGCAAAUCCAAUGUUGCUGGAGCGGGAACAUCCGCCGCAUCUCAAAACGGUGCAAUGGCCUCGUCAAGCGGCACUCAGGGAGCAUCCGGAUCGUCCUCCAGCAAAAAGAGCAGUAAAUCCUCAUCGAAGCUAUUGCGGAAGAAGACCGAACUCUGGCACGAAGGCAUUGCCCCCAGUGUUAUAUCAGCUCUCAAACCAUUCCUCACGAAUACACUGCCUUCCGAUGUGGUAACUAGCGUACAGGACGCAUCACUGGACGCCCUUUGUAUGCUACGCGUAAUCAAUGCCUUGAAUCGCCAUUGGGAUCAUUUAUAUGGCUGUGUGGUACGACAACCGGUUAUUCAGCAAUCAGAAUUUGUUCAUCCAAAAAUAACGGCCAAGGCAAAUCGCCAACUGCAGGAUCCAUUGGUCAUUAUGACGGGCAAUUUGCCACAAUGGCUGCCUCAAAUAGGCAUGGCAUGCCCAUUUUUAUUCCCCUUCGAGACCAGACACUUGUUGUUCUAUGCCACCAGUUUUGAUCGCGAUCGCGCUUUGCAGCGUCUAUUGGAUACUACACCUGAUUUGAAUUCCGCUGAGUCGUCGGAGCGUGUAGCACCACGGCUGGAUCGCCGUAAACGGGCCAUCUCCAGGCAGGAGGUACUAAAGCAAGCUGAACAUUUGAUACAAGAUUUUGGACAUUCGAAGGCCUUGCUGGAGAUACAAUAUGAAAAUGAGGUCGGCACUGGCUUGGGUCCCACAUUGGAGUUUUAUGCUUUGGUCUCGGCUGAAUUACAACGCAGCGAUUUGGGCCUGUGGAAUGGUAGCGAUAGUUAUAAACAGAACUCAGCCAACAUUGUAGAUGUUGUCAAAUCCACAAGUGCCACUUUACACAUUGAAGAAUCACAGGACACAAAUACUCAGACCAGUGAUACGGCAACAACCCAAACUACACCCAGCCCCACUUCAGCCUCAGCACGCAGUUCGAGUCGAAAUAAUCGUGACAGUCUUGGAGUUGCUACCCGCAGCAGUUUAGUUGCCACAAAUAAUUCCAUUAAUAAUCAACAACAGCAGCAGUCACCACAAGCUGGAGACGAUGCUCUGGACAUGUUAAUCGAGCAACAGGUAGAUGUAGAUCAACAUCAACAGCAGCAGCAGCAACAACAGCAAGUUGGUGAUCUGUCAAUGCCUCUAUUGGAUAACCCCAUUGCUGUAACGACUGUCACAACCGCCACCACACCUACGAUACAACUGAGCACCACACCACCACCGGUAACCUAUGUAAAUACGGUCCACGGUUUGUUCCCAUUGCCAUUGGGAAAAUCUUCAAAGUUGCCCCACGUGUCGAAAGUAAAAUCAAAAUUCAAAUUCUUGGGCAAAUUUAUGGCCAAGGCUGUCAUGGAUAGCAGAAUGCUGGAUUUACCUUUCUCUAUACCAUUCUACCGUUGGAUUCUAAAUGAAGAGCAUUCGGUGGGUUUGGCAGACCUGUCGCGUGUUGCUCCAGAGGUGCAACAGACUUUGGCACGUUUACAAGAUGUUGUACAUCAACGUGAUAUGAUUUUGGCCGAUACUAGUUUAGAUGCUAUGGAAAAGACUGAAAAGAUUGAAUCACUGGAUUUAGAUGGUUGCCCCAUAGCAGAUUUAGGUUUAGAUUUCGUUUUGCCGGGUCAUGCCAAUAUUGAAUUGUGUCGUGGCGGUCGUGAUACUCCAGUAACUGUACAUAAUUUACAUCAAUAUAUUAGCUUAGUUACAUAUUGGUUCCUCGUUGAAGGUGUACAGAAACAAUUUGAGGCAUUGAAGGAAGGUUUUGAUUCCGUAUUUCCCACACAUCGAUUACGCAUGUUCUAUCCCGAAGAAUUGGAGAAUGUAUUCUGCGGUAGUGUAAAUGGCACUUACCAACGCUGGGAUCCCAAGAUGUUACAAGAAAGCUGUCGCACCGAUCAUGGUUUCAACCAGGACUCUCAAGCCAUACAAUUCCUCUAUGACAUACUCUCCACGUACACGCGCGACGAGCAACGUGCAUUUUUACAAUUUGUCACGGGUUCGCCACGCCUACCCACUGGCGGUUUUAAGGCCUUGACACCGCCCCUAACUAUAGUACGUAAGACCUUAGAUACGAAUCAAAAUCCCAACGAGUAUUUGCCCUCAGUAAUGACAUGUGUAAAUUAUCUUAAACUACCCGACUACUCGAGUCGAGAGGUGAUGCGUCAAAAACUGAAGGUGGCCGCCAAUGAGGGCAGCAUGUCGUUCCAUUUGUCUUAAGUGGCUUUGCUGGGUUCUACCAACAACAUAAACCAGAUAUUGUGAAGGAGGAGUGAAUCAAGCGAUCAAGAGCGAUAGAAGAACGCACAGUUUUCGGCGUCGUCAGUUUGCGAAUUAAGAAAUUUUUUUGUCGCGUGUAAAAUGAUGAAACAUAAAAAACAACAACAAGAAAUGGUGAUAAUUUUUUAUUUUUAAUUUUUUAAUUACAUACAUAUUGUUUUUAAAAAACGGUGAUGUUGCUGUUAGAGCAAAUUUAUAAAUGCUAUAAAAACACAAAUACAAAUUAAUACUACUACUACAACUACAACUACACAUACACACAUAUAUAAAACACAAGAAGUACAGUUUAAAAUUACUGAUGAAAAUCAUUAUAACCAUAAACAAACAACCAACCAGCCACCAAUCAAUCCCCCUUUAAAACAAAUUAUUAAAAAAUGGAAUAAAAUUUAAAUAUAUACUACUACUACUAUAUACAUACUACAUAUAUAAAUAUAUAAAUACAUAAUAGAAGCCAACAAAAUAAAUAUCAAUGAGAAAAAAAGGAACAAUUAAUGAACCAUUGGCACUUUAUUUGCUGCUUUUCUUCCCCUCUCCCCCCCUUCCCACCCCAUUCCCUUCUAUUUUAUAAAUAUCGAUAAAGAAACGAAGGAUGUUUAGAAGCAAAUCAUCAUGCCCCUCUCCUCUAAUGAUAAGACUUUUUCGAAAGGGUAAAUCAAAAAGAAAAAAAGUAGUUGAAUUUAUUUUUGUUAUACUUGUUUCUCUUUUAUAAAACUCUUUUUCUUUGAAUUGAUAAUUUUGAAUUUGUACCCCAAUAUAUUUUUCAUUAAAAACAAAACUUUUUAUUAUUUAUACUAAGUUUUACAUGCUAUUAUUAUCAAUUAUUUACAUUUAGAGUUUUUUUUUUGUUACGUGGCUUAUUUCUAUUUAAUUUAAAAUUAAUUAUCUCUUUGUAACAACGCAUACACAUACACUAUACACAUAUAUAAUUCAAUUUAAAUUAAUGUUUAGUUGUAUCAGCAAAUCUUCAAUUUUAUGCAAAUAUUAAUAAUAAUACAUAAUAAGAAUUUUAAAAUGUUUCCAACAUAAAACUUUAAA